AUGGAUUUUCCAAAGUUGUUCCUGCAUUCUUCUCUUCUAGUCCUCCAUUUCGCAUUUUCUUCUUCCAAAGACACCAUAACUAUAAACCAAACCAUUCAUGAUGGUGACUUUCUGAUCUCUAGAGAAAAUAAUUUUGCAUUGGGAUUCUUUAGCCCCGGAAGUUUCAGGUUUAGAUAUCUUGGAAUCUGGUACCAUAAAGUCCGAGAGCAAACUGUGGUGUGGGUAGCAAAUAGGGAUGAUCCAAUCAAUGGUUCCUUGGGAGUUCUAUCAAUUGACCAAUAUGGAAAUCUCGUUCUCCAUGGCUACCAUAACCAGAAAGUUCCUAUAUGGUCUACAAAUGUCUCAGCAGAGGUUACAGAUACUUGUGUAGCUCAGCUCUUGGAUACAGGAAAUUUGAUUUUGGUCCACGAUGGAAGUAAAAGUACUGUGUGGGAAAGCUUUGAUCAUCCUACGGAUACUGUGCUGCCAGGAAUGAAAUUUUGGUUGGACCGAAGGACAGGCAUGAGCCGGUUCCUGAUAUCUUGGAGAUCAGCAGAUGACCCCGGAACUGGAAACUUCUCACUUCAGAUGAACCCAAAAGGAUCACCACAGGUCUUUAUCUACUGGGGUAUAAAAUAUAUUUGGCGAGGCGUUCCUUGGCCCUUGAAAAGUUAUGCAGAUACAUUCAAUUUUAGUUCUGUCAAUAAUCAAAAUGAGACAUAUAUGACCUACUCUAUUUCUGAUGCUUCUGUUAUCGCAAGGGCAAUGUUGGACUAUUCAGGACUAGUUAAGAAUCUAAUUUGGCAUGAAAAAGAUGGCAAAUGGAAUGAAUUCUGGUCGGUACCAAAAUCUCCGUGUGAUCCAUAUGGGCGUUGUGGUACCUAUGGAAUAUGUGAUCCUCACUUUUCUAGUCGAAGAUUUGAAUGUGAUUGUUUACCGGGGUAUGAACCCAAGUCCCCAAGGGAAUGGAAUAUUCUAAAAGAUGCAUCAGGCGGUUGUGUCAGGAAGCGGCUAGAGUCUACCUCAUUAUGUGGCCAUGGAGACGGAUUUGUGAAAGUGGCGAAUGUUAAAGUACCUGACACUUCAGCAGCAGUUUGGGUGAGCACGAAUAUGAGUCCAGGGGACUGUGAAAAGAAUUGCAUGAGGAAUUGUUCAUGCUCUGCAUAUGCAAGCUUAGAUAUUGCGGGGAAGGAGACUGGCUGUUUGACAUGGUAUGGCAAAUUGAUGGACACUCUGCACAAUGGGGUAGAGGAAUAUGAUAUUUAUGUUCGUGUUGAUGCAGUCGAAUUAGGUAAUGUAUUUUUGCCUUCGACAAAUUUUGAACAAAACCAAUGUGUAUAA